UCCUUUUAUAAAACAGUUGCGAAGUAGAGGUUGUUGUACCUCUUCUCCGUCCAUGACCAAACGAUGAUGGAUAUUUUUUCAAUCUCUUCCACACACCAGUGUCACUCCUCACCCUUCUCUCCCUCCACCUUCGCCGGAAAAUCCCAGUCAUUUCCUCUCACCCUUAAACUAUCGAAUAAAUUCUCUCCGGAAUCUGAGACAUCUGCCAACCCUUCCCGCCUUUCUGAUAACGUCCGCCGCCCCAAAACACUCAAAUCUCCCCCCGCCAAACCCAACCCUCUACAGUCUAGAAUCUCCACCAACCCACUACGGAAUUUCACAGGUCCAUCCAAAACCUCUCAAAAUCAAGACAACCUCGCAAACAAACUAUGGCUUUCCAGCAAAAUCUCUCCUCCUCCUCCUCCCCCGCCGGCGCCAAUAGAAGAAGCGGUUCCAGUUAUUGAUGGGGAAGACGUAAAAGAUGAAUCUUCAGCCAAUGCAGGCUCUGAGAGUACCUCGGCCCCUGAAUUAAGGCAAGAAGGUAAAAUAUUUGUUGGCAACCUACCCCUCUGGAUUAAGAAAAACAAAGUUGCAGAAUUUUUCCGGCAGUUCGGGCCCAUUAAGAAUGUGAUACUGAUAAAAGGCCAUGAUGAUCCCGAGAGGAAUGUUGGCUAUGGCUUCAUCAUUUAUGGUGGCCCAACAUCUGCGAACUCAGCUUCAAAGGCAGUGGAGUUUGACGGUGUGGAAUUUCAUGGGAGGAUUCUGACCGUGAAGUUGGACGAUGGGAGGAGACUGAAAGCAAGGUCAGCGGAGAGAGCGAGAUGGGUGGCUGGGUCAGACGGAACAGAGUAUAGGUCUAAGUGGCACGAAGAGAGGGACAUUUCCCGCAGGGAGUUCAGGAAGGUUCUUGAGACUGAACCGGAGAAUUGGCAGGCUGUUGUUCAGUCCUUUGAAAAGAUUAAGAAGCCUUCUAGAAGAGAGUUUGGGUUAUUGAUCAACUAUUAUGCACGUCGAGGAGACAUGCAUCAUGCACGUGAAGCUUUUGAGCGAAUGCGAGCAAGGGGAAUAGAACCAACCUCACAUGUCUAUACGAACCUUAUUCACGCUUAUGCAGUUGGUAGAGACAUGAAUGAAGCACUAUCUUGUUUAAGGAAAAUGAAGGAAGAGGGCAUCGAAGCGAGUUUGGUGACGUAUAGUAUUAUUGUGGGGGGAUUUGCCAAAAUUGGUGAUGCUGAAGCUGCAGAUAAAUGGUUCAAGGAAGCCAAAGAGAGGCAUACAACCUUGAAUGCUAUCAUAUAUGGUAACAUAAUUUAUGCCCAUUGUCAAACCUGUAAUAUGGAUCGAGCUGAAGAGCUGGUAAAAGAGAUGGAAGAAGAAGGGAUUGAUGCUCCCAUUGAUAUAUAUCAUACCAUGAUGGAUGGUUAUACAAAUAUUGGCAAUGAGGAAAAAUGUUUGAUAGUGUUUGAAAGACUUAAGGAAUGUGGUUUCAGGCCUUCAGUAAUAAGCCUUGGUUGCCUUAUCAAUCUUUAUACAAAGAUUGGAAAAGUAUCCAAAGCCUUGGAGAUUGGGAAAUUGAUGGAAUCAUGUGGCAUAAAACAUAAUAUGAAGACCUAUUCCAUGUUGGUUAAUGGGUUUUUGAAACUAAAUGAUUGGGCAAAUGCAUUUGCGAUUUUUGAGGAUGUGGUGAAAACAGGAUUAAAGCCUGAUGUGGUGCUCUACAAUAACAUUAUUAGAGCAUUCUGUGGGAUGGGUAACAUGGAUCGAGCCAUUCGUAUUGUCGAAGAAAUGCAGAAAGAGAAGCAUAGGCCUACUUCCCGGACAUUUAUGCCAAUCAUACAUGGUUUUGCAAAAGCUGGAGAGAUGAGAAGAGCCCUACAGGUUUUCAAUAUGAUGAGGCGAUGUGGAUGCAUUCCAACUGUGCACAAUUUCAAUGCUCUAGUUCUUGGCCUUGUUGAAAAGAGACAGAUGGAAAAGGCUCUUGAAGUAGUUGAUGAGAUGUUGCAUGCUGGUGUAAAUCCUAAUGAGCAUACCUAUACAACCAUCAUGCAUGGUUAUGCUUCUCAGGGAGAUACUGGAAAAGCCUUUGAGUAUUUCACCAAAAUAAAAGAGGAAGGGCUAGAGCUUGAUGUUUUUUCAUACCAGGCACUACUCAAGGCAUGUUGCAAGUCAGGCAGGAUGCAAAGUGCUUUAGCAGUAACAAGGGAAAUGAGUGCUCAAAAAAUUCCAAGAAACACCUUUGUCUACAACAUAUUAAUUGAUGGGUGGGCUCGAAGGGGUGAUGUAUGGGAGGCUGCUGAUCUGAUGCAACAAAUGAGGCAAGAAAGGGUUCUUCCUGAUAUCCACACCUACACCUCUUUCAUAAAUGCAUGCUGCAAGGCUGGAGACAUGCAGAGAGCAACUAAGACAGUUGAGGAAAUGGAAGUUAUUGGAGUGCAGCCUAAUGUGAAAACAUAUACUACACUGAUACAUGGAUGGGCCCGUGCCUCCCUCCCAGAGAAGGCUUUGAGAUGCUUUGAAGAUAUGAAGUCGGCCGGUUUGAAGCCUGACAAAGCUGUUUACCAUUGUCUGAUGACAUCAUUACUUUCAAGGGCUACUGUUGCUGAAGAAUACAUUUACUCAGGAAUUCUGUCUGUUUGUAAAGAAAUGGUAGAACUAGGGUUGACUGUUGAUAUGGGGACUGCGGUUCAUUGGUCAAAAUGUUUACGCAAGAUUGAGAGGACAGGUGGCGAGCUUACAGAAGCCUUGCAAAAGACCUUUCCUCCUGCUUGGAACUCAUACACCACUACUAAUAAAAAUUAUGGUCAGAUGGCCAGAGAUGAUGGUGCAUAUUUGAGCGAUGAUAAUGGUGUACAUUAUGAGAGUGAGAAUGAUGUUGGCGAAUAUGAUGAUGACAGUGAUGAUGAAGAGGAUGGAGAGAAUGAUGAUAUAAGUGCCCACAGAUUCUGUUUUUAGUUGACAAGCAACAGAAAGGGCACAAUGAUGUUUUGCAUUGACAUGUUGUGAAUUACAUUAGAGCAAUACAAGAUGAGUUCCAUAUUGCUUCAAUAUCCAGUGUAAAUUCCAUAUCUAUGCUGUGUCCUGACCAUAUCUGGAUUACAUGUCCAUGUGGCUGUUUGCUGUAAAUGAAAGUCCCAGCUCUAAUCUUAGUAUUAUGUGGGUCUUUGAUGGUCUGACUGGGGAUGCCAAUUCUGCCAAAGCUGAAGAAGUGGCUCUUCUCAUGGGGUAAGGGUUGCUAAAUACAGGCAGUUCAUCCCUUGGAUUAUUGAGGAUUAUUCUGCCAACACUAUUAUUUGGAGUAUUACCUGAGAAAGAGACCACGGAGACUGGCAUAUUAUCUUAAUGACAUUAAAGAGAUCAUUUCGCUUAUCUAUGUCAGACUAGGUUUUCCAAGGUUAAAGGGAACUUGGUCACUAGUGAAGGGCGUCAUGGUCAUUGCAGAAAUCAAAAUCAAAUGAAGUAUGCAUUUUCUGCCCAUAAAUUUCUAUUUUUUUCUUCUGUAUUUGUACCAAUAGCAUCAAUUUUUAGCCUUAAAGGGCUAUAAAAGAGAUUAGGAAAGGUGGGUGGAAAAAAAACUGCUCAGGAAAAAAAAGUGGUGUUUGGAUUGCAGAGAUCAAGUAGGGGAUAGAUAUCUAGAACAAGAUAGUCAUUGGCUCAUCUUUAAUUUUCAUGUUUUCUUUUUCUUUCCUCCUUUAGGGAGAAUUUUCUUUUUUUUUUUUUGGAUGUUUUUGAGAGUACCUAAAAAAUGGGGAAAUGCAUAAUCAACAAACCAGUAGAGCCCCGGAAAUGGCCGGCAGACAGAAUUGUAAUUUACUUACCAUUACAUAAAUUUGUGUAGCAUUAGUGUGAUA